CAGCCGCUACGCACAACUCUACUUCAGGGAGCCUAUGUUUGGGAUGCUAACGGUUCCCUUGGAGAGGACCCUGACAUGUACAGAUGAGGACCUCCGACAGGAAGCUCUGGAGCUGUUCAUUAUGAUCCUGAGGUUCAUGGGCGACCCCCACCUGAAUGGGGCUCAGGAGAACCUGUUUGGGAACUACAUCAUUCAGAGAGGACUGGCCAAUCAGGGCCUGCGAGACGAGAUCCUGGCUCAGCUGGCCAACCAGGUGUGGCGGAACCCUAACCAUGACAACGCAGAGAGAGGCUGGCUGCUGCUGCUGGGGUGUGUCUGCUGUUUCCCCCCCUCCGCCAGGCUGCACACACACCUACUGAAGUUUGUGUCUGACCACGCCCCUGCUAGUUGCCGGGCGCUGCUGCAGCACCGGCUGAUCCAGGCCAAUCAGAAGUCCCGGCUGUUAUCAGGCUCCGCCCCUGAGACAGCACGCACCUAUCCACUGUCUCUGUUGGAGUGGACAGCCAAUAGGAAGAGGGCUAACAUGGUGCUGCAGGUGUCCUGCUUCGACGGAGAAUCGUUCCUGUGUCCCGUCCAAUCCUGGACCAGUGGAGAAGAUCUAGCGGGAGACAUCCUGCGACACAGGGGAGUGUGUGAGGCGUGGAGGGGGUUUUCUAUACUGAUGAAGGAGCAUGGGCAGUGGGCGGAGCUAGCCGGUCAUGAUUACGUCAUGGAUCUGAUCUCAGACUUGGAGCUUCCGUCCGACUUCCCCAAACAGAAGAGUUACUUCAUCAUCUCAGCUGAGGAUCCUAAUAGGGUUCGAACCAACGCCAGCCUAACUCUGUUUGACAGUGGUGGUUUUGACAGUGACGAAGAGCUGCGCCCGCCCUUCCUCAGGGCCACCCAACCUGCGUACAGCCUGCCAGGCUCUGACGGAUACUCCAGCCACGUGGAGCCUGAUGUGUUCAGCGAUGGUCCGACUCAGAGAGGGGUGGAUCGAUACCUGGACAGCCUCUUCAACCCUGUGUUAUCAGACGGCAGCACGGACCUGGACAAGCCAGCCAGUAUGACAGGCCGGAUGAAGGGAGGAGGAGGAAUAGGAGGAGGAGAGGAGGAGAGGCGUCAGGCCCCCUCCAGCAGACCAUAUCCUCCAGGACUACAGCCCGGAGGUUCUCCAGAACAGACAGGGAUGGCUCAGCAGCAACAGACCAUCAUCAACCAGCAAGCCAUCAUACUGGCGCAGCAGAUGACCAUGCAGGCCAUGGCUUUCCAGCAGCAGAUGUUGUCUUCCUUCCCCCUCGCCCCCAGGCCCCUCCCACACAACCACCCCCGCACCUCCAGCCAUACUGAAGAAGCUCCAGAGAGCCCUUACCAGGCCAGCCUGAACCCCGCCCAGUACCACCCCUCCUCCAGGAAACACAACGAGAGUCCUCUGAAUACGUCAGGUAUUCUGCGCUCUCUGGCACGCAGACGAGAGUCCUCUGAUUUCGUCAGUUAUUCUGCGCUCUCUGGCACACAGACGAGAGUCCUCUGA